AUGACAGUCGAUAGUACAGCUGGAAUUCUGGGUAAGGUUUCAGAAAUCUCGUUUACAGCGUUUAAUGUCUUUGAUACAGUUCAGAAUAGUGGUGAAACCUGUUUAAUAUCUGAUGAAUGUUGGAGAAAAAUGACUAAAUUGGGUUAUAAUGGUUAUUCCUUAACUCACGAAGUUUUUUAUUUACAAAUAGGAAAACAGUUUGGGUGUAAAAAAGAAAUGGAGAGGAAACUGAAAGAAUAUAAUCAGGAAUCAGUGGAGAAUUUAGAAGAUAUUUUCUGUACCGUGAUACUAAGUGAAGCUAAUAAAUAUUCUCAGGACCAUUUCCCUCAUUAUAAACACGAUUUAUUCAUGGAACAAGCUGCUCUGUGCGGGAUGCUAGGAUAUCGUCAGUUCUUCAACACACCCUGGUUAUUAGCUAUCCUAAGUUGGCAAGAUCCACGAUAUGGUUGUUAUAGGGCUGCCUCGGAUGAGAUUCUACUCAAAGAAGAUGGUCACCGUAUAAAAAGAGAAGAGAGACGGUUGAAAAAUCAAUGUUUAAGUCAUCGUACAACAGUAGCAGUGGCGGCAUUAGGGCAAUAUGUUCGUUAUAUUCUCGAAACUUGGGCAGACAACCAGAAAAUCAAUCAUUGA